AUGGAGCGGCUGAAGCUGGUGCUGCAGUACUUCCAGUCCAAUUCUGAGUCCAUCUCCAAUGGAAUCUGCAUCGUCCUGGCUCUGGUCAGCGUCAAGCUCUACACCAGCUUCGACUUCAACUGCCCCUGCCUGCCGCAGUACAACAAGCUGUACUCUCUGGGUGUCAUGAUCGUGCCGCCCUUCAUCCUCUUCUUCCUGGGCGUCCUGGUCAACCGGCACACGGGGGUGAUGAUGGACGAGUGGAUGAGGCCCGAGGGGAAGCGAUCCAAAAACCCUGCCGUGGUCAAGUACCUGUUCUCAGCCAUGCUGCAGCGGGCCCUCCUGGCCCCAAUGGUCUGGAUCCUGGUCACCCUGCUGGAUGGAAAGAUCUUCAUCUGUGCCUUCAGCAUCAGUGUGGAUCCCUCGCUCUUCUCAGGUCUGCCCAACAACACUCACCUGGAUGUGGUGAAGAUCAUGGCCAAGGUGCCGUGUAAAGAGGACGUCAUCUUCAGGAACAGCUCCUUCCGCAAAGCAGUAUCCCGAUACGUUCGCUGCUACUCUCAGGCGAUCGGCUGGUCCAUCCUGCUGUUCCUCAUCGUGCUGGGUGCGACGGGCCGCUUGAUCAAACCCUGCUUGGACGACCACGCGACCUUCCUGCAGACCCGCUACUGGAGCAACUACCUGGACGUGGAGCAGAAGCUCUUCGACGAAACCUGCGUGCUGCACGCGCGGGAGUUCGCCCAGAAAUGCGUGGUGCAGUUCUUCGAGGAGAUGAGGGAGGGCGCCACCCUGCGACUUCCUCACCCGUCGGUGAUGCCGGAGGUGCAGCCGGAGGAAGAGCGACUCCACGGGAUCACCAGGCAGGAGCAGGUGGACCAGCUGCUGGACAAGUGGUUCCACAGCAAGCCGGAGCUGGACGUCACCAAAACAAGCUACAGGCCCCGCGCGUGUGUCACGUGGGAGGACAGCCGAGGGAAGGCGAUAUGUUCUGACGUGUAGAACCAGGACCUCCAUCAACUGCGCCUGUUGCAGUCCAUGGCGAGUCGGACCUUCUGCCGGUACUUAAAGUUCCACCCUCCGUGACGGUGUGCAUGUGUCUAAUAAAAAAGAU